AUGUUGUCCUCAAUUGUUCUCAUUUUCAUAUUACCAUUAGCUAGUCAAGCAAUUAGCAAUAUUCGACAAGUAUCUGAUAUCCCUAUACAAUGGACGAAUUGCAGUACAUGGACUGAUCAAUUAUCGAUUGAGAAAGUCGAAGCAAAUAUGUGGCCACCUAAACGAAAUCAACUAUUAACAGUAUCUGUUUCUGGAGCAGCAAAAGAAGAGUUUGUUUAUGGUAAUUAUAUCAAAACAAUUGUUUAUCGAGGAUACUCAUUACCACCAAUUAAUGGUCCAUUAAAUGAUUUUGGAGUUGAAGUACCUGUUCAUCGUGGUCCAGUAAAAAUGAUUAUCUUUAAUAGUACCAUUCCUGAGGUAGCACCAGCUGGACAAUAUGAUGUUUUUGUAAAAGCAUAUGAGCAAGAUCACUUCGAGGUGAUGUGCGUCAAAUUUAGUUGGGAAUUCUCAAAUAACUAA